CCACCUUUUAUAUUUUGCCCUACUCUUUUUGAAUUUUUUUGAAUUUAUCUUAAACCUAUUUUUCUAUUAUUUGUUUCAGCUGUUCAAACGCAAUCUCGAAGCCCGUCUCAUAAACGCAGCUACCUAUCCAUCCAUCUCCUAUUAUUGUUGGGCAGUGCGCAGUCCCAAAUUCAACUUUCUUUCUUACAUACUCCGUCGAACGAUAACCCGAAGCGCAUUUUUCAGACGAAAUGGCGACGACAUUGCAACUGAACAAGCGACAGGAGUUCCUCAAUGCGCUGAUCGCCGUUCGGCCAAACAACCGGUUCAAGAUCGUGGUUGUUGACAAACGCAGCUUGCAAGUGCUAAACAAGUCGCUCAAGCUGCCCGAGAUUCUCGAGCACGAUGUCGACUGCAUCGAGAAAAUCGAAAACAACCGCAAGGGCAACCCAAAUUUGGACGCGCUGUAUUUUCUCACUCCGUCGAAACAGAGCGUCACCCACCUGAUAAGCGACUUUGCAUCAAGCCCACCGGGCGGAGGCAGCAGGAAGCCGCACAAAUACCGCGCAGCACAUAUAUACUUUACCUCCGAGCUGCCCAACAUGCUGCUGAGCAUGAUAAAGGGCUCUGGCAUUACGCCUCAGAUCAAGGCACUGAAGGAGAUGUGUAUCGAGUAUGAUGUGCAUGACAAGUAUGUAUUUUUGACGCAGCUGAUUGACCGCCCGAUGUACCGCCUGUACUCACCAAUUGCCACCAGGGGCUUCAACGACGAGCUGGAGAUGAUAUCCAAGAAACUAGCCAACGUAUGCGGUGCGCUGAAAGAGAACCCCGUCGUCAGAUACUUGCUGUUGGACCAGGAGAUCCACGGUGACACCAAGGCCCGGCCACUGGCCUUUCUGUUCCACACUGAGAUGGAUCGGAUUCGCGAGGCGCUGCCCGAGGACGGGGCGGGCGAUGGCCGGCCGCCCGCCGAGCUCAUUAUUGUCGAUCGCAGCGCCGAUCCCUUUGCUCCCGUUUUGCACGAGUUCACGUAUGAGGCCAUGGUGUACGAUCUGCUGGAAAUUGAGGACGGAAACAAGUUUACUUACACCGUGGAGCUUGCUAAUGGCGCGGAGGAUGAGAAAACUGUGGUUCUCGACGACUCUGACGCGAUCUGGCAAGAGUUCCGCUUCCAGCACAUCUCGGACGCCCAGAGAGGUAUUCUGGCGAAAUUCCAAGGCCUGGUCGGAUCGAACCGGGCCAUUGUCGACAUGCAGGCAGGCCAAAAGAUGGACAUGCGGAUGAUGCGCGACGUAGUAAGCACCAUGCCGCAGUUCAAGGACCAGCUGGCGCUCAUUUCAGCGCACAUCAAUAUGAUGGAGAAGUGCAUGGACGAGUUCAACAAGCGCUGUCUCAACGAUUUGGGACUACUGGAGCAGAACCUCGUGACGGGAAUAACCGUAGAUGGCGAGAAGUACAGCUCGGGCGAUGUGGACAUUGCCGAGGUGCUCAACAAUCGCAAAAUCAAGUCUAGGGAUAAGCUGCGGCUGCUGUUGCUGUUUUUCAUUGCCAACCCGAGCAUCACCGAGCCCGAGAGACAGAAGCUGGCGCACCUAGCCAAGCUCAACCGCGAGUGCCGCGAGACCAUCAGAAAUAUGGCCCUGGUGAUCCGCUGGUCGCACGCGCUGGAUCUGCUCAAGCAAAUCAAGAAAAAGCCAGGCCAGGCGAGCAAGGAGAGCAAGGCGAGCAAGUGGUCCUUGGCGGGCAUGCGCGCGGGAAUUACUGACAGCCAGGAGAACGAGGAGGAGAAGCCAUACGAUCUCAGCCGAUAUGUGCCUGGGCUCAAGAGCGUGCUUGAGGGGUGCGUAGAGGGGUACCUCAGCGAGGAUCUGUUUCCCUAUGUGGUCCCGCCAGAGCGCCCUCGCGAUUCAAACCUGUUUUCAACCGCAGGCUCAAUGCGCUCGACGCCAGGAGUAGCGGCUGCCAAUGAGCGCUCAGAGUCGCCUGCAAGCAGCAUGUGGACCACCCUGGCUAACUCAGUUGGCUUGCAGACCCAGGCUCCAAAGCCGUCGCCAGCUGUCCAGGCUGCAAACUCUGCAGACUCACGCCAAAUAAAGUCGCUGCGAAGUGCUCGCCCGACAUGGCAGAAGCGCGACAGCACGCCGUCGGCGACACCAGCCGGCGGGUUUGGAAUGCCAUCUGCGAGCAUGGCACCAUCCACCCCAGUGAGUGGUAGCGUCAUGUCUCCAACAGGCAUGGGUGGCAACCGUUCUGGGCGCCCGCGCAUUAUCCUGUUUGUCAUUGGUGGCGUAACCCAUUCCGAAGUACGCGCCGCGAACGAGAUUGCGCGCAAGUACGACCGCGAGGUCAUUGUCGGAUCAACGCACUUUCUGGACCCUGCCAGCUACAUGAGGGACGUUUCUUCACUGGCCUUUGAGUUGGUCGAGGAUGACGGACGCCCUGCUAACUUGAAGCCCAGCUACAUUGCUUUGGGUUAUGGAGGUCCCAACCAUAUAGACCCACUCACUACAUUCGACGAGGAGCUGUUCAAGGCCAAGCCAAAGCCAAAGCCCGUUACCGAGUCGCGUUCCAGGCGGGAUGGUGGCAGAAGCCGUGAUCGUAGUGGCAGUGGCAGUAGCAGGCGCAGCCACAGCGGCAGCCGAAGCCACAGCGCCCACAGGAAUGGGUAUCCCGAGCCCUUUGGGAAACCGCCAGGCGAAUCCCGCUCUCACCUGAGUGCUCCUCCUCAGCAACAGCAGGGAUUAGCAAGAGCCGACGCGUAUUCCACCAGCAACUCUGGUAACAGCAUGAACGACCAUAUGCGCCGUGAAGGAAGUCGCGGCAGUAUGCGGUCUUCUGUCGGUCGCAGCACAGCCGAAGCGCUGCCAAACAACAUUGCGAGCUCCCGAGACUACAAUGGGCCAGGCUCUGGAUAUCCCAGCAGAGGCGAGGCUCUGCCAAGCCAGUCGCCAGGCUACCGCAACUCGGAGAGACCUGAUCGCGGGGAGAGAGCCGAGCGUGGUGAAAGACCCGAGCGUGGCGAGAGACCCGAGCGUGGUGAGAGACCCGAUUAUAGAGAAAGACCCGAGCAUGGCGAGAGGCCCGAUUAUAGAGAAAGACCCGAGCGCAGCGAACGAUCUGAACGUGGCGAGCGGCCUGAGCGCGGUGAGCCGCAAAACUUUAGAGCGGGAUACGAGGAGUUUAGGCAGCAGCAACAGGCAGCAGCGCGGUCAAAGAGUCUCCACACAUCCUCGUCCUCUUCAGGCUAUGGCGCCAGGUCAUCUCCACAACAGCAACGGCCACUGCCGCCACAGCGUCAGCUGAGCAAGGAGGAGGUAUUCCGCCAAAAAUUUGAGCAGUCGCAGAACGAGUGGAACGCGCAAAAGAUGAGCCUCAGCCACAUUAAUCCAGACACUGUUCCCGACAUGCACAAGGUAUCUCUGGCGUCUGCAAGCGGUCGUGGGCGCAGCGGCUCGUCGGCAUCGGUGACAAACGAUAGGAAAACCACCGGCUUCCUCAAACGCUACCUGUAAGCAGACAUGGCCAGCCAUGUGGGCAAGCGGUGUGAUCCAUCUAGCAACUUUAAUCACAGUGUUAUCUAAUUCAUGUAAACAUAAGCAUUUGAAAAGUACUCAACGUCAUUGCAGGUUGCAACAGAGAAGCAGUCCGAGUACGAUGCUCCCCCGCUUACAUUUCCCCCGUUUGUACCUUGUGCCGUGCCAGGUGGCAAUCGCUGGUCUGGAUGUGAAACAUACACGCUGAAAGGGGCAGGGGUAAUAUCAGUAUUUACGAGCGCUGGCUAUUAGCAAACAGUGCCUGAGCAGCAGGAAAAAGGCAAAGUGGGUGCCAUCAUUGCGGGGGGGGGGGGGCGAAGAUAGCUAUACUUUUUGCAAAGUAGCGUAUCCCACCUGCGGCAAUGGAACUGCUGGCAUGGAUCAAAUAAUAAAUAUAAUAUAAUUGCAUGGAUGACAUGCGCACAAAGUAAAAAUAAAUACAAAAUAUGAACUUGA